AUGGCAGAAGAAGAUGACAUACUUUUUAUACCCAGCAUCCAGCUGAUAUUGAAGGUAGAGAAAGGACAUACUGAGAAACAGAACACAGAGUAUGAAACUGAUGCUUGGGAAAACCAUCUUUACACCGUUCUGGGUUCUUCUCUCCACUCGCCACAGCCACCUUGCCUCUUGCUUUCUGCUCCACCGGCCUCAGAUUCCGUGGGGUCCUGGAAUUCUCCCAUCUCUUUCACCCGCCGCCUCCUGCAUCGGCAUCGUAGCCACCACCUCAUCAGGCCUGGUGUGGACACCAGCUCUGAUACUACCACAAUGGAUCUACAGGAAAAACAGGAAGUUGUUGAGGAGGCAGAAAAUGAAAGAGAAGCCCCUGAGCAUGGGAAUGCUAAUGAGGAAAUUAGGGAACAAAAGGCUGACAAUGAGGUAGAUGAUGAAGAAGAAGGUGGGGAGGGAAAAGAGGAAGAAGGUGAUGGGGAGGAGAAGGAUGGAGAUGAAGACGAGGAGGCUGAGACAGCUAUGGGGAGGCAUGCCGCUGACGAAGAGGAUUAUGGUAUUGAUACCAAGAAGCAGAAGACAAUUGAGGACAAGACAGAAGAAAAUAAAAAAAGUUAUUGA